GGUGGCGGGGGCGGGCACCAUGCCUUCCGCGUUCUCGGUCAGCUCCUUCCCUGCCAGCAUCCCCGCGGUGAUCACGCAGACAGACUGGACUGAGCCAUGGCUCCUGGGGCUCGCUGCCUUCCAUGUGCUGUGCCUGCUCCUCACAUGGCUCUCAUCCCAGAGGUACAAACUGCAGAUUGGACAUUUCCUGUGCCUGGUAGUGCUAGUUUAUUGUGCUGAGUAUAUCAAUGAAGUCGCAGCAAUGAACUGGAGGUUGUUUUCAAAAUACCAGUAUUUCGACUCCAGGGGAAUGUUCAUCUCCAUCGUGUUCUCAGCACCGCUGCUCCUCAAUGCCAUGGUCAUUGUGAUCCUGUGGGUGCACAAGACUUUCACUGUGAUGGCUGACCUGAAGACCCUGCAGGAGCAAAGGAAGGAGAAGAAGAGGAGGAGAAAAGAAGAGUAGCGGGGGUCUGCCUUCGUUUUCCCGCUCCCAUGCCACCUUGAGUUACGCUGCGUGCGUCCCAGGCCGCCUCUGCCAGCAACUGACUCAUGGUUUGGAGACUGGUUCUUGUUUUUGAUGCCCACAGUGAUGGCGCAUGUGUGAUGCUUCUGGAAACCACCAUCACAUUUUUGGGGGCUUUCUGAUUUGGCUGUAGCAAGUGUCCUAUGCAGCCCCAGGGCUUGCUGAGUAUCCUUAUAUAACUAGCAUCAACUGUGAAGCAUUCGAGCCGCACUGUGGAUGUGGGGCCAAGUAACUAACAGUGACACCUGCUUGUGCCACCAUCACCUGUUUGUCCUGCUGUUGCCAGCCUGCAAAGGUGUCUUCCAGCUGAGCAUGGUUCUGCCACACACAGGUGUGACACUUGCUUCCCACUGGAGGCGGAGGUGUUGCUUGCGUCUGGUGAACAGAGCCAGGAAGCUGCUGAAAUCCUCUAGGCACAGGACAGUCCCCACUAGGAGCAUUCUGUACCAAGUGUCCACUAGACUCAGGUCUGGAAAAAUGCAGUGUGUCUCAGUUUAAUGGCCAGCUCCCAUGAGGCUAGAACAGAGUUGAGGCUACUCUACUGAAAACAUGUUUGUUUAAAAGAAUUAAACAAGCCAUAAAGCGAGGAUCCACAGAAAAGAAUAUGUUGAAUGAGCCCUGCAAUCUUGUUUUCCCCACGGCACAGUCAGUGGAGGACUUAGCUGUUUCUACCUUACCUGUGGUGAGCACACACCUGUUGGGUUCUGUCCUGAGCAUCAUGUCUCUUGAGGUUUGGGGUAGAGGAGCACAUGCUGCUGACUGCUGGGCCGGGUGGGGCUGUGUCCGUUAUGUCAGCUGUGCCCUUCCUCAGAUGCUCUGGCUCCUGUCGCAUAUGGAACAGUGGCUGGAGAUGACGUGACCAGAGACCCAACGGGAAUGCUGUUGACUGUCCUGUUCGACUUAAAGAAACUGUGAUAGAAUUUUAAGAGUGGUUUUCCCUAAGUGAAAUUUUCCUCAAAUUUGUACAAGAGAAGAAGCAUACAGAUGAAAGCAUUGAUAUUUAGGUUAAAAGUUGGCAGCUUCAUAAAUUACAAACCUGUCUGAAAUCCACAUAUGUAAUUUUUUAUAGUUUUUAUGUGAUUGCUAGCUCCCUGUAGAGACUGUUGACUGAAUUCCGAUGAGGCUUACACACGAGUCAGUAUGCUCUUCUUGAAGUCACGAGCUUGUGACCUGUAAGUUUUUCCUGCCCCUCGUUGAUUUGUUCUCCUUUUACAUCGAACACAAAAAGUGACUUAAAUAAGGGCUCAGGUGUAAGUUGGUGGUAAGGUGCUUGUGUAGCAUAUUCCAGACUGGUUUCCAUCUCCAGCACUCCACAUGUGAUGUGACCUGUCCAGUCAUGUGAUUGAAUCAUCUGAGGGCAGACCGAUUGUGUGUGCUGAAAAUUACUGAUUGAGGACAUUUAAUGGUGUUACGGGUUCAGAAGUGUGGACUGUAUCACAGAGUAAGAACAAACGGCCAGUUGUAUUUGAAUAAGCUAGUCUGGAACAGGAGAAUGGUGAGGGUGUGGGGCAUCCAACAUGUCUGUUCCCCUCCUGGGCCGGUGAAGAGUGGGGAGAGAACUGUGGGCACAGCUGUAGAGGCUGCCGUCUCAGGGAACUGGGCAUUGGGUGUGGCUGGAAUGAAAGGAACCAGGGCUAUUAUAGAUGCUUUGUUCUGGUGUAAUGUCACCAUCUACACAGUCCAUGUGGACUGUCCGUGUGUGGGGCCAUCUCACUGAAUCUACUUUUCCUGUUAAAAGGUAAUGCAGUAGUGUUUGCUUUGCAUUCUCUUGAUCUUAAUGACUCAGAAGAGUGUGUGACCAUGACCUGGGUUUUUGGGUCUUCCUUCCAUGUGUGCAUGGACGUGUGUGCUUGUCACAUUUUGGCACAAAAAUAAAUUUUUAUCUUUUUAGUGAAGUUCAUAUUUGGUGGCUGCCUUUACAUUCUGUUGUCUUGUUAGGGAAUUCCUGCAGGCUAAACUUAGAGCAGUUGAAUGGUUUAUGAACCCAGUGCAGGGGUACUGCUGCUCUGAGGAGUUUGCAGGUGUGGCCAUGCUGUGGUCAUUGCCUGUGUAAUAAGAGGUUUGUGGGCAGCCUUCUGAUCUUAAGGACACAGCUGUUCUUACUGUAUGUUUGUAAACAAAGCAGGGGGAAGGAGAUGUGAUAAAAGCAGCUUGUACAUUCCAACCUGUGACACCAUAAGUUUAUUGAUUACUGUGCGAUAAAAUACAUCUUUGAUACUGUCUGGGGUGCUUCCUUCAAUGAGCAUGUGGAGCCUUACCUGUAGCGAGCUCGUCUGUGGUGUGGGCCCCUCACACGUGACCUUCACAAACCCAGAAAUCCAAUGUUGGCAUUGUAGAAAAUCAAC